AUGGAAAUUGGACAUGUUAGAUUAUUAGAUGGAAAAGGAAGAUUGUCAGAGUCGCCAAUCCAGAACGAUGUUCAAAUGAAUUUGCUACCACAUCAACCUGUUCAAUUUAAUAGAGAUGGUACAAGCGUGAUUGUUGCACAAGCAUCAUGGGACAGUACACUUCACGAUUCAAUAUUUUUGAAUAGGACAACAGCUUCCAAUAGUCGUGUUUUAUUAGGAUUAACAUGGUACGUUGAAGCAGAAAAAUGUGUAGAACCCGUAUCAUUUCACAUGGAUAUUGCGGUGCAAAUCCAAGGACGUGAAGCAAGACCACCAUCAAAAUUAAUACAAUUGUUAAAUCAAUCAAAAGUAUUAUGGAAAUCUAGUGGACUAUUUUCUGUUACACUCAAACCACCAAUGACACGUGAAAUUUCUGAACUUUGGCGUCUCAAUACAGCCAAUAAAUACGUACGCGGAGAAGAAUUUUUGGAAGAUUGGAAACCACGCGGUGUUUUAUUAAUUAAGGAUUUCAAAAAAAUUAGCGAGUCAAUAAGAAGGCAAGAAGCAGUUGAACACACCAAACAAGUUAUUGCAGUAUUAGGAUCUCGUAAUAAAACAGCAUCAUCAGAUAAAAAAACUGUUGAAUAUGAUCCUGUUGAUUUAGUGAAAAAAGCCGUAACACUUUGGACAAAGAAAUGGGGGAUAUCCAAAGAGAUUAUAAUAAAUCAAGAACCACCGAUUUCAGGAUCAUGCAAUGAUCUAAGUCCAUCAAAAGGCUCUAAAUCUACAAAAUUAGUUGCACAAGUCCGUAUGGUUUCCAAAACCGAUACGAUAACCAAGAAGGGUUAUUUGUUUACUCCGGAAAAUGCAGAUGAUGUUUGGGUGAAACGUUGGUAUGUCUUAAGAAGGCCAUACUUAUUUAUUUAUGAAUCGCAAAAAGAAACCGAAGAACAAGGUGUAAUAAAUCUCGGAUCUGUUAGAGUUGAUUAUAAAAAAGAUUUGGAAAAUAUGCUUGAGAGACAAAAUGUCGAUCAAUUUUAUCAAAUUUCAUCAAUAGAAUAA